AUGUCAGAUUCACGCAUAUCACCGUACUCGCUCAAUGACCUCAAGAACACGACCGACGACGCUCUGGGCAACUACCUUCGAGGACUCUCCUUCAAGCAGGACAACAGCAAACUUGAUGUACGACUGGCACUGGGCUAUGUCGCCGUCAUAAUAGCAGGCGCAACCUUUGCCGCAGAUUACAAGCUGGGCUGGGAAGCGACAAAGUACUGGACAGCUGUAGCAGUGGCCGCUUACGCAAUUCUCAACGGCGCCCUUACAUACUGGAUAUGGGCUGUAGAGCAGGGGCUGGUCUUUGAGGGCACACAUGGAGGCACGAAGGUCUCAAUUGCUGCAAAGACGAAGAAGCACGACCCAACAUACUACCUCACCGUGUCAACGACAAAACCGAACGCACCAGCCACUUCUCGCCAGCUCCAAGCACCUUUCACGACAUGGUUUACCGCAGACGGCUAUUUUGUCGCGAAGCCGUUCCAACAAUGGAUCGCUUCGAGCAUUGAGGAAGUUGGAGAUGUGGACUUGAAGAACGCGAACAGGGACGAGAGGGAUGAGCUCGCCGCUCCUACUGCCAAAGUAGAGUUGCUGCAGAGUGGUGAUGGCGGUGUGGACGUUACUGGCAACGAUAGCAAAGCGAAAGGCAGCAAGAGAUCGAAGAGGGAGGUCUGA